CUUGAACGUGCCUAAUUUUUCCCAUAAUCUUGGUGGUAUUUGCUGCUUCUGUAUUAGCGUUAAACCGUUAAUGCCGUCAACCAAAAGUGCUUUAUUCUUGUUCAAUAACAAAUUUAAAAAGGAGAAUGCGCCAUGUUACGAGUUUUAACAGUAAUCGAUUGCAGUCAUUUUUUUUAUGUUGAAUGUUAAAACAUUCCGUAUUUUUUAUGUAAAGAAACAUUGUUCUUUGAGUCCGCGGUAGUCGUAUUGUAUGUUUUUUUGUCGACCUUUACAUCUUAUCUCCAAGGUUUAUUAGCGGUGUGACCUUCCCUAGUUUUUUUUGUUUAAAAAAAAGAAUGCCUAUAGCUCUAGCCAUUUAAUUACCGGGUACUCUACACUCUACUUGUUCCAGGAACGAUUGAGCAUCGAAAACUAUGAAACUAGCCAACUGAGAAUAGCAUAAGUGCCAGCGUAUUGUAAGAAUGAAAAUGCAUUUAUUCUUUUGCUACUAGAUGGCAGUGACUACCUGGCCCACACUUUAGAUUUACGAUUCCAAACAUCAAAGGCACUUAUUUUCCACGUGGUAUGUUGUGGGCUUGUGGCUCACACGGUCGGUGGUAGCCAAUGACCGGAUUGGCUGGUAAGAAUUUUGACAGAAAAUACUCGUCGAAUUCGAAUGGUAGUAGGCGCCAGGCCCGUAAAUUGUAUUGAUAAUAAUAAGGUUGAUCGUGCAAACUGCAAAGUGAUUCAAGGCUACCUUUAAUGGGCAAGGGAAAUUAGCCAAAUUUAAUGCUAUUCCCGUCCCAACAGUCACCAACAGGUAUGUCCUUACUCUGGCAAUUUUGCAAUCUCAUUUAAGUGGAAAGAUGGAGUGGAUUGUCUCAUUACUUUUGUUGCUUGGACGAUUAAUAAGUGUCUAUAGCGACUUACUUCCUCGAACAAACUCCUCGAAUCUCUGUUCACGUAUUCCGAUACAAUCAUGUCUUCAUCAGUUCAAUAACCCUCGCGACAUAGAUUGGAAUUCUCAAACAUGUAAUGUAGAGGUGGCCAACAAUACCCAUGUUCUCCGUUGUAAUAAUCAAAAUUGGGAUUAUGACAAAACCUGCCAAUCUCAUGAUGGAUGUGGUGUACAACUUGAAGUGUACAGGCACAUGCCUUCUGAUUCUCUCCCCUUGUACCGAACAGCAUUCAAUCUCACCUUGUCCAAUAUUCCUUCUGGAAAAAUCAACCUCAGAUUCCGUGAGACCCUGAUUGGCAAUUUUUCUUUUUGCAUUAAUGUUACAACAAGUCUAACCAUUGCACAGCCAUUUGAGUCUUUGUGGUAUGACUGUGUCUUUCACAGUCGACUAUUUGAGGGUCACCCUUUUCAGUUGGAGUUUAUCAGUGAUAACAGAUAUGGACUCUAUUUGUUUGACAUUCCCACAGAAAAGGAUAUCAGGAAUGGCAGAGGCUUUUUGUAUGUCCACAUGCAUCAUAGCCCAAAUAUUGUCGUCACUUUUCAAAAAACAUCUGAGCUUCACCUUAGCACCUCCUACUUGAUUGUUGUUUGUCAAUGGCUCCAAGACAGCUGCCAUGUUACUCUACAUCAUUUGGUGGACUUAAAGAAUGCCUCGACAUUUUCCAACAGAUUUAAGAACUUGGUUACAGUUUCCUUGGGAAAGUUGUCAUCAUCUGGCAAUUUUAGCAUCCGAAUUGAGGAUCCUGCCUGCAACAGUGAAACUGAAUAUUGUUACCAAGCAAAAUCAACCUUUUUUAUGAUUGAAGAUAUCCAAGAGAGCUACAUAUUGUUUUUACCCGCCCUUGGAAUUCUGGCUUUUGUUACGUUUUGCGCGACAAUGGGUUAUCGGAACAGAAUCAAACGAAUCGUCUCAGGACUAGGCAGUCACGCGACACAGCGUAAAACGAUCCUCUUGGUGCACGAUUCUGCCACAAGCGAUUGCUGUUGGAUAGAGGCUGUGCGAAUGUUUCUGCAAAACUGGGGCGGUUUCGACGUUUUGGUAGAUUUCAUCGAAAUCCCCCAGAGUCAACACAAAGAUCCGUUAAUCUGGUACUCUGAAGCCAUGGAGACUGUAGAUGCAGUAGCUGUCGUAUCGCCCCCUGCCGACGCCUUAUCUUUGUUGGAUCAACGGCCAGCCAUUUACCAUCACACUUUUGAUUUGGCGCUAGAAUUGGUAGCCAUGCGCAUCAGUCGACGCUUGAAGCUCAAGCAGCGAAAAGUCCUGCAGCACUUCGUUGUAUUGGAAACAAGCGGCAGCUCUGUACCGGAUGCGUGUUCAUCGUUUGCCCGAUUCCGCGUCCCUGCAGAGUUACCCAAUCUAAUAAGCUACGUCGUUCGGGACAGUGAUGAGAACAAUAGCCUAAAGGCUUUUUUGGCCGAUUGUCUUCCGGAGCGGUGCACACGCAGCAAAGAAUCAGCCGCGAUAGACUCAUUUCAUAUGUUCUACCAGCAUGUGCAACAAAGCAGUAAGUCACCAGAUGGGCAGGUUCGUGACUCUUCCAUCGUCGACGAUGCGAAUCACGUCGCCGAACAUUCGGCCCUGCUUGAAACGACGAACGAAGAUCGUGACCGGAGGCGCGAACAGCUCGAUCGUGAAUUCGGUUCCGGUAUUGCAAGCUUGACUACUUUGACGACUCUCGGUUGAGCAUUCGUGCGGAAUCGACAUACGAAAGAAAAAAGAAAAAUGAAAGCCGUUCCUUUCGGGAAAAAAAAAAAAAAAAAAAAAAAAAAGUUUAACUACCCUCGAACAAGAGAGGUGAUUUCAAAAUGUGCAUUCCUGAUUGAAAAAGAUGAACUUCUUAGUUUUCUUUUUCUGGACAAAAAAUAACACACACAACGAAUCUCGUUUAUUGUCUGGGAGUCAUUUCCACACUAUUGCAUUUAGUAUAUCAAACCAAAAAUAUUAUUGAAAAGAAAACGGUGGAAUGAUAUAGGUUGUGAAUAUAAAGUAUAUUAGACGGGAAUCUGUUUAUUCAGCAUUGGCAUGGUCGCAUUAUUCUUUUUUUGUUUGUUUGUCCCGGGAAAUUAGAAAACGGAAGACUAAUAAUAAUAAUCCUGUUCACAAUUGUUUUCAAUUUUGAACCGUUCAAUUUGGGCCGAAUUAUUCUGUGAAUGACGUGAAAUCUUUACAGAUUAACCGAAUUCUCCCUCCCGGAUUAUGAGUUAUAAAUAAAUCUUGUAAUAAUACAUCUGUUCAAAUUUGCUUCUA